UAGUAAUCGAGCUUUAAUGGCAGGGACCAAUGCUACUGCAAAAGUAAUUGUACAGCAACAUCAUUCCCACUCACUGGAAAAGGUAUCUAGUAAAGGCCAUUCGAUUAGUUAGCAUUAAACUAGGUGCGUAGCUGAUAAAAUGCACUGUUUGCCACUAACAACGUGGAAUACUUGUUUAAAAAGUGUCUAUCGCUGAACAUUAUUUGGAUGUAUUUUAUAACAACACUCGUCAUAAAAUGUUUGGUUUAUAUAAAAAUCUUAAUUUUCAAAAAAGCUAGAAACAUGUCACUACUCGCAAAAAAUACAAACGUUAACACGGUAGAACGCAUGUUUUACUCACCGCUUAACAUCUCAGUCGGUUAAGGACACUAUUCAUAGUAACAGGCUACACUAAAUGAAAGCAAUUUAUUAUUUACACACUGAUGUACGGUAGUCUCCUUAUCUCUAAUGACAUCGCUGGAAAUUAAAUCUCAUUUUUCUUGCUGAUAGUUUUAUUUUUAAUCUAGAUACCAAGAAGCAUCAUAGAGUGUUCUGGUGCUGCUUAGCAUAAAGUGUCACAACAAUAGGCACAGAGACUGCACUCGAUCUUUAGAUACUACUGUACAUUAAAAAUAAAACAACGCCUGACUUCUUGAACAAUGCACUAGUUUCAUAUCUCCAUAUUCCCAACGGAAACACGAAGCAAAUGGGUCUAGCGUCUCGUUGUGAGCGAGUUCUUAUAUGGUAGUGUGAGGGUCUUGGUGUCAAAACUUUGAAGAUUAAUGGAUUACUUUGCUAAUGACUCAAGGCGUCAGAUAUAGGUGCUUAAAUAAUUUGUGAGGUGCAUGGCCUCCUCCUGAUAGCAAGGAACCGAAGAAUGGCAAGUAGUAAGCAAAGAGCUAAAAGAAUCAAACGGAGGAGCCAUUACAAAUGCUUUAAAUUAUAAUUAUGAAUGAAUGAUAACAUGUAAAUAAAACAUUGCUAGUCGAGAAUAAGGCGUUCCUCACUGACUUUUUGGAUCAAUCACGCAGACAGUGGCUUCUUUUGAUUAAACCCCAAAUUGUCAUUGGGCAGAGGCAAUCAUGUGACAGCCAAUUCGGUCCAAUUUCAACCUUGUCUCCAUGAAUUCAAUAGUUUAAUAGUAGCACGGUCCCCAUACGGCUGUAAUCAGUGAAUUAGAAAAAACACUUGCAGCGAUUUUAUGACUUUUCCUGUGCCACCAAAAAUAAAUAAGAGCUAACUUUUCUGAGCUCUUAACUGGAGAAGGCCAUGAAUUACGAAUUUGAACGGGAAACUGGUUUUAUCAAUAGUCAGCCGACGCUUGCUGAGUGCCUGACAUCUUUUCCCCCUGUCGGUGAUACAUUUCAAAGUUCAUCAAUCAAGAACUCGACGCUUUCACACUCGACACUGAUUCCUCCUCCUUUUGAGCAAACCAUUCCUAGCCUAAACCCAGGCAGUCACCCUCGCCAUAGCCGACCAAAGCAAAGCCCUAAUGGCAGCAGUCCUUUACCGACCGCCGCUCUUCCGCCGGAGUACCCCUGGAUGAAAGAGAAAAAAGCGUCCAAGAAAACCCCCCUACCUGCUUCUACGGCUUCAGCCACUUCCAAUGGACCAGCCUGUUUCAUCCAGAAAGACCCUCUUGAAAUUCAGGAUAAUACAGGCGGGGGAUCGCGGAGGUUAAGGACUGCUUAUACCAAUACACAGCUUUUGGAGCUGGAAAAAGAAUUCCAUUUCAACAAGUACCUGUGUCGACCAAGGAGGGUGGAGAUUGCAGCUUUACUGGAUUUAACAGAAAGACAAGUAAAAGUAUGGUUUCAAAAUAGAAGAAUGAAGCACAAACGGCAGACUCAAUGCAAGGAAAAUCAAAACGGCGAUGGCAAGUUUAAAAAUGUGGAGGACAAUGGAAAAGUGGAGGAGGAAGAAGAGAAAUCCCUCUUUGAGCAAACCCUUAAUAGUGUCUCAGGCGCCCUUUUGGAAAGGGAAGGUUACACUUUUCAACAAAAUGCACUGUCCCAACAACAGGCUUCAAAUUUACACAAUGGAGAAUCCCAAAGUUUCCCAGUUUCCCCUUUAACCAGCAAUGAGAAAAAUUUAAAACAUUUUCAGCAUCAGUCACCCACUGUUCCGAACUGCCUAUCAACAAUGGCCCAGAACUGCGCAGCUGGCCUGAACAAUGACAGUCCUGAGGCCCUGGAUGUUCAUUCUUUACAGGAUUUUAACGUGUUCUCUUCAGAUUCAUGCCUACAACUUUCAGAUGCAGUUUCACCCAGUUUGCCUGGAUCACUGGACAGUCCUGUUGACAUAUCUGCGGACAGUUUUGACUUUUUUUCGGACACUUUAACUACCAUAGACUUGCAACAUCUUAAUUACUGAAAAAUUGGACUUGUCUUUAUGCCUUGUGUUAUUUCAAAAUGAUUUUUUCUCUUCUGUUUAAAAUGGUCAGUAUUUUAUUUUUUAUUUUACAGUGUGACUGAAAUCCAUUUUGCAUUGAUCUCGAUGUGUUUGUUCAUUUUAGUUGUAUUAGGUUUAAUUACUUAAUAGAGCCUUCCUUAAAAGCAAUAUACAGGGUAUGUUAGAAAGUGAUAAUUAUGGAUUUCCCUUCACUUUCUUUUUAUUUUUGUAUCACAAUGGGGGUGCAUUGUUGUUAAAUAUUUUGGUAGAAUAAACUCCUUUUUCUAUAA